AUGAACCGAUUCCGCAAGAACAAGAAGGAGAAGGCCAAGGAGGAUGUUGAAGGCACCGACAGCAUCCACAGUUCCCUUGGCUCCAAGUUAUCUAGGAAGAGCAAGAAGGAAGAACCCGAGGAGGUGCCCGAUCUUGAUCUGUCGAGUGUUUUACCGUCCAACGAUGACUUCCGUACGAGCUUACUUAUGCCAAAACUAUCUGCGCGGUUCAGCAUGUUGAGGGAACAAGACGACCCGGCCUCCAUUAUCGGCAAGGCAAGUGAUGAUAGCGUCCUGUUUCCGAAGCGCGCCUCCCGAUUGAACCUCUUUGGCCACAAUCCAAACCUGCUCGCGGAUAUCGAUGAGGUGUCCACAGAUGGUAGUCGGCCGUCCUUUAACCUCGGCCGAGACUCAUUCGCCUCCGGUGUUGAUGGUUAUGGUACCGACGAUGACCGUUCACACAAAGAAAGCAUUAUGAGCAGAGCUCGUCGAGCCGACGGUAACAAUUUGUUUGGCGGGCGUCAAAAGGUAUACAAGAUCCCCGCCAAGGCAUCAUCAACCGUUUCCGUUUCCGAUGCUGGAAAGAUGGGUGGCCGCGCGGUCUAUGAGCAUGAUUUAUCCUUGUCAGCUUUUCAACGAUUGAGGCUGAGAGAAAAAGAGGAACGUAUAGCAGCCGAAGAAGCACAACAGGAUAUUUAUGCUCACGAAUCGGAAGAUGCUCUGUCCAGCAUUUCCUCCACUAAGCGAACUACAUUCUCCUCAACAGCCUCAGGGCCAACCGCCAAUGGUCGUACAUCAACUUCAGCUAGUUCCAUAGACGAGCAAUCAUUCCCCGUAUCACCGUCCCAGGAGAGCCCGGCUCCAUUCCCCAAACAAUCAGUGCCUGGGAUGGCUCCUGAGCGUGGCUCCGUCAAGUCAAGGCGCCUGUAUGGCCAGAGUCUAGCCCAGUCCGUCCAGAACCAGCAGAAUUCUACACUUCAUCGCUUAGAGAGUCUUGGCCGUCAACGAUCUGGGACUGCAGAAAUUCCUCGUUUGAAUCGAAACUAUUCCAGAAGCGCCACUAGUCUGCGCGAUAGGAUACAGAAACUUCCGAUAGCUGAGUCGACAACUACCACACUUCACCAUACCAGCCCGGCGCCGUCGUCAACAUCUACGCAGCAUACCAGCGAAAGUAAUAUCAAAGAGCAGAAGCCUCACGAGGCCCCUAAUGGUGGGCUCCCUCCGCUAAGUCCCCCGGCUAGUGAAUACGACGAAAGUGCUGCCUUGAUGGCUGCUUUGCAACCCGAAGACCAUGGCAAAGCUACGGCCUUAGGGCUUUUCAAUAAGCCCAGAAGCCAGUACGAUGAAAACCAGUUCAGUCAACGUCAACUUCAGAUGCAUGAGGGGAGGAGUACGCCGCCACCGUUGACGCGGCCCUCGCCACCUGGACGGGCUACUCCCCAAGGCAAUACUGGACGUCCAAGAGGCCUCUCAAACACAAGCUAUCGGCCACGAGCUGGUUCUGCUUCCUCUCACUAUAGCGAAGCUCAGCGCCCGAUUAUCCCAUCCUCUGCAGCCAGUGUUUAUGAGUCCCCUCGGAGAAACAUGAACAGUACUUUCUUCGCCAACAUGAGCCCUAGUGAAUCUGAAGACGAAGAGGCUGAGGCAGUUCUUCAGUUGGCCAAUGGUGUAAUAGAAGAUGAUUUUGUGCACCCCGCCUUUCGGUCGGAGACACCACAGAAGCCAUCUCCAGCUGUAGGUGAAGGAGCACAAGAGCAAAGCCCUCUGCCUGAAGUGCGAUUCUCAGACUUGGGGGAUUUGAAACCCAUAGCCGAAAAUGACGCCGCCGAGAAAUCUGCCAAUCAUGUGGAUGCUAUUCCUGAGAAGCCCGACUCCCCUACUUUGGGGCCUUCGGGUUUGGGCCUGAGUGGUUUAGUUCGUACUCACUUACGGCACGACAGCGACAAAUCGUCCAUCUUCCCGCCACCUUCCCCUGGUCUUCCACCAAGGCUUUUAGAUGACGACAAUAACACGGAGUCUCUCAUGAAAGGUCCCGACACAGUGGAUCCUAUUCCACAGCAGCAUGCGACCUCUAGACAGAAUGUGGAUCCUUCAGAGCUUCUGAACGGCUCCUCCUGGCAAGGUGAACUGGUGGCGAGACAUAGGCGCCAAGCUAGCACUGAAACGCAAAGAGAGCGCGAAGAAUUUGAGAACGAACUAGCGGAGCGACGGAGAAAGGUGCAAGAGAAGUUGAAGGGCAUGGCUGAGAAUGAAAGCAGAUCAGCUAGCCCUGUCUCGGGCCGCCAAACCCCAGAUUACACUCACGUCAAACCCGGAAAUGCAUUUUCCUUGCUGAAGAACAAGUCCGGAAAGCACAGUUUGUUCAGCAGGCAAGACCAAAGGAACCCGAAAAUGCUCGGCCUGGGUAACGCUUCUACCCCAACAUUGGCAUCUGAUGACCAAUGGCGGGAGGAGGAAGAACGACCAUCAUUUAGCUUUGGAAAACACUCCAACUCUAGCUCUCCCCAUGUCUCCUCAGAGCGGUCAAUACGGUCCCGGAUGGCGGCUUUUGGUCGUAACAGUCAGGAGGACUCCCGUGAGUCGAGCCGUAGCCGUGGAGCAUCCCCCAAUUCAAGUUUUAGAUCUCAACGGGAUCGCUCGACUUCUGACGCCUCCGGCCGCUCUAAGAGCCGUACCCGGCGGGAGAGAGAUGACUUAGGAACCUUGGAAGAGGCUGCUCCUGCCGAUUCAUAUGAACACUCUGCGUACCCAGACUUCGACCAGCGCGGCCUGGCAUCUGUGGCUUCUUCCACCCGUCCAUCUGUAGAGGUCAAUGAUGCAUCUACAUCUGUGUACGACCGGAGCUCCUCUGCUGCAUCUGGAAGAUAUCGCAGCGGUAGUCGGUCAGGAACACCAAGUUUUGUCGAGCGAUCUCUUCAUCCUCCCCCUGCGCUCAACCCACAGAUGAUCGGUGCCCCUCCACGGCCUUCACCCAUCGCCCCUUACUCUGCCAAUGCUACCCCGCCGCUGCACGACAUGUCCCCUGACCCGUCGUCUAGCUCGGCAUCUACUUCGACCACUAGCCUCCCUCAGCGGACUCCCGGGCAUACCACCCUCCAGAAGCGCCCCGUGGAUAAAAACCAGAUCUCCGAGCCCACUUUCGUGUCUACCACCUCUAACGUUCCAACCGUUGGCCUUCCACCAGGUGCAAGCCUGAGCAAUGGCAUGGCAACCCCUCCGAUCCCUCCAAUGAAUCCCCGUCGCCGCCGUCAAACCACUACACAAACAAUUCUUGGUGCGAUCAGGGGCGAUAAGUAUGAGUCGCAGUACGCGCCAUCGACGGCCGGCAGUGUUAUGGAAGAGCAUAGCACAUUUUCCGACGAGGGCGAAAGACGGCCUAGAACACGAAACAGGUUACGUAAAACUUCUAGUGAAGGCGGAGACCUGAACGCCAAAGCGAGGCAUCAGCUCAUGGCCAGUCCGCCACCAGCAAUGCCACCUUAUCCACCACCUCAAGUCCCCAUGGAUGGUCUCAACUCUGGCGAGUCGAACUCUCUUCGUAGAGCCAACUCCUCCGGGCCUUCUUUCAGAAUUGUGGAUCCUCCGCAGGUGGAUGGUUCUGCCGAGCGAAGGAAAAGAAAAUCCGCACGAAAGAGAGAGAAGAAAAAACGGAAGGCGCAAUGGGAGAAAGCGACAAAAGACAAGGUUCUGCCUCAGGGUAGCAACGAUGUCGACAUCGGAAACGCGCAGCACUCGUCUUCUAAUCACGCGACCAUGAGCUCUGCAAAGGUUAUGGAUAACGUGUCACCUGUUAUUGUUAAGGGCCUUUUUAGUGGCCCUCGUAUAGCGUCCUGGGAAGAUACGCCCUCGAGCCACACAGUUCAUUCUUUAAGCGGGAAAGGCGAAGUACAUGAUGAACAGCCUCAGCCCAUCCCUAAUCACGUCGAAAAUGACCCCGUCGUCUGUCUCUUACACGGCCGGAAAAUGUGCCAGUUCGACCUCAGCUGUUGUGUCCAUCGGCCCACGAUUAAUUGUGCCUGUCCACCUAGGUGGUCCUGCUGUUGUGCUCAUCAUUCGGGAGAUUGUUGUAAUUGUGUCUUUGCCUCCGGGCUUUCUGAUCAUGAUGAACAUGCAUCUAAGCCUGCAUCAGAUGGCUUGAAUCAGACCCAAGCGAGAUCGAUCAGAGGGACAAGUGUAGUAGACGCUGAUGCGGGGAGUAUUAGAGACAGUUCCGGAUAUCAGACUAUACCCACUGAAAUAAUCAACAAUGGCAAGACAAUCAACGAUGAUACUGACCCACUCUCCGCGCAUCUGCUUCACUGCCUGGAGGCGAGCGAGUUUUUCGACUUCCAAAUUAUCUUAAGAUCAUCCAAGGAUAUAUUUAUGCCUAUCACCUUCUAUACACACAGAGCGGUGAUCAGCCGUAGCAGAUUCGUGGCUAGCCUUUUGAGGUCGUCGAAUCAGGGAGAAGGCUGCAACGAGAUUGUUGCCAUUGGAGGAGAGAGCUUCUGUAUGAUCAAAAGCUUCGAAUAUGCACUGCAACACUUGUAUGGGAGGCCGCUCCUGACAGCAGAACAACUUAGGUCCACGACUUUGUCUACCUAUGGCUAUUCGGAAGAUAACGUGGAAAAGUUACACUUCUCACUCACUGCAGCCAUGGCAGACUUUGCUUUGAGUUAUGCGGCGUCGGGGGCCUUCUUUCAACAAGAGGCAGUCAUAGAAAGGGGCGUUAAUCUGGCUAUCGAUCCCAUUAGCUGGAGUACUGUCGAAUAUAUUCUUAAUUUCGGGAUGAGCGUCACAAAAUUUGCUGUAACGCUUGAUCGCACCGCUCCGGGCCUGAAAACUGGCAACUAUGAUGCAGCAGAAGGGCUUCAAGGAUGGGCUCUACGGUUAGUUAUUUCGGCUCUAGAAUUCGUCGCCAGACAUAUGGGCAAGGAUUUCCCUUUGUACAUCAAGGCACAAAGAAAGACUCUACCAAACCGAAUCCCAGACAGCCUGCAGAGUAUUCCCGGCACGGUGCUGCGCAAUCCCAAGCUAGCAGAGGUGAAGUUUGGUUCGCUAGCAUCUCUUGACGAAGAGAGACCGAGCCAAGAAAUCGAUAUACCCUCUGCAAUGCUGAUAUGCCUCCCAUACGAGCACUUAGUGGAGCUAUUUAAGGCCAUGAAAGCACGGGAUAUCUUAACGAGAAACCUUGCUCAAGCGGUGAUAGCAGAGCGUGAGGCACGGCGCCUGCAAGCACUUCAGGUCUUUGCAAAACAGAGCAUCAAAGAUGAGCUUAAUGUUCCUGAUGAAGUUCGAGAACUGGGGUAUCAAGAGACUGUUGGUACGAAAGAGGCGACUUCAGAAACACAGAACCCCAAUAUCACCCUCAAUAAAGAGUGGGUCGGUCUGCCUGUUAUAGAAAAGAAAUUAUACCGCAGAGGAGUCAAACAAGUGGCCAAGAAGAACAAGAGAAGAAAGAGCGUUACCAAAGAGUGA